AUGUCUGCUAAGUUUGAUCCUAAUAAAUUCCGUGAAUUACUAGUGAUGACAAUUAUCAAGCAUGAGCUGCCCUUUCAAUUUGUUGAGUUUGCUAGAAUUAGGGAUGUGUUUAAUUACAUUUGUGCUGAUAUCAAAUUGAUAUCUCAAAAUAUUGCAAAGGUUGAUGUGUUGAGUUUGUACAAUAGAGAAAAUGGUAAGCUUAAGGAACUUUUGGGUUCAAUCACUGGAAGAGUUUGUUUGACAUCUGAUUUGUUGUAUGGUACAAACUCCCAAGAAAUGGCCAAAGUUCAUGACAUGUUGUGUUCUCUCUUUGAUUUAUACAUGCAAAUACAUUCUAAGUCCGAAUCAAUUGAUGGUACAUUAAGUACCUCAAGUGGUGUUCGUUCUCAUGUUGAUGACAUAGUUUCAAAGGAAUGCAUGAAUGUUAUGAAGGAAUUUGAUACAUUUGAAAGUGAGGAGUCUAUCACUUCUUCUCAAAAGUCACAGUUGCAAUUGUAUUUGGAUGAGCCUAAAGUAGACAGGAUGAAUUUGAAUGUUCUUGAUUUUGGAAGGCCAACCAAUUUCGAUAUCAUGAACUAUCUAUUUUGGCUCGUGAUGUACUAUCUAUUCCAAUAUCUACAGUCACAUCUGUGGCAUCAUUUAGUGUUGGUGCUAGAGUGCUUGAUCAAUAUCAUAGUGCUCUCAAACUUGAAAAUGUUGAGGCUGAAUAUUUGA